CUGAUCGCCGCGCGCUCGCUCAAGAUCAACACUGACAUGCUCGAGCGUCAGGAUCUGAUUCUGAACACCUCCGACACUGAACUUGACGCUCCCUCACAACCUUCGUUUUCGGAGGAAAUCCUAAAAUAAUCGAGCAUGAAUCUGAAGUGAGACGGAAGCGUUUUGGAAGUCGAAGGAAAGUCAGUAUUAAACCUGAUGCUGACAUGGACGUUUCGGCACGUGUUUUAAUAGGAUUUGCGAACAUGAUGUCCAUCAAGCAAAAGAAGAUAGCUACAUCUAUUUGGAUUCUUGGACAUUUGAAGUGGAGAUAUGGCUCGCGUUCUUGUCCUUGUUAACUCAGUCGGACUGUUGCUCUUCGGUACUGAAAUGUUUCUGGUGGGAGCAAACCGUCCACCUGCUCCAGUUAAUGUGUCAGUCAUGCACCUGAGAGCUGAUUCAGCAACUGUGUCCUGGGAGGUGCCUGAGGGUGACAUCAUCAUCGGCUUUUCCAUCUCCCAACAGAGAAUGGACGGCAAAAUGCAGAGGUUUAUCAGGGAGGUGAACACCACCAGCAGAUCCUGUGUGCUGUGGGACCUGGAGGAGGAGACAGAUUACAUUAUCCAAGUGCAGUCCAUCGGCCUGUACGGAGAGAGCCAGGCCAGUAAACGUAUCCACUUCAGAACCCUAAAGAAAACAGACCGCUUCCCCUCAAACAGUUCGAACCAAGAUGACCCGACUGUCCAAGGCCUGGAUAAAGCUCGACACCUGCAGACAGGAGAGAUGAUCAUCAUUGUGGUGGUGCUUCUUAUGUGGGCAGCCGUAAUUGCCUUGUUUUGCCGGCAGUAUGACAUAAUAAAGGACAACGAUUCCAGCAACAGCAAAGAGAAGGUAAAACCAUCCUCAGAGAGAAGCACACCAGAGCAUCACAGCGGAGGUCUCCUGCGGAGCAAGUUCCACCAGUCUGUGCCAUCGAUCAACAUCAUCGAGGUGUGAUGGGAGUAUUGUAGACGUCAGUCAUGACCUCCGCCGCAGUAUCAGGAUGACAGUGUGUCAACCUUUCAUCACCACACGGUCAAAAACCCAUCAGCUACACCGCUGUAUCGGCCCACCCAUAUACACAUAUUAAAGCAAUCUACUGGGACUGUAAAUAACGUACAUUGCGUAUAUUACUGGAUGUCGGCAUUUUAUGAUGGAUGGAGAAUUCCCAAAGCUCUUAAUGCAAUAUAACAGACUAAAUCUGGGAUUUUUUUCUCUUGUAUAGAAAAGGAAGGAAAGUGUAUUUUUGUAAUGGUACUGAAGUAUGACAGGGUUUCUACUCUUUAUUAGCUUGUGUUUUGUUUGUGCAUGCAACUCUCGUGGUCUGUUAGGAUGUGUACAGAAGCAGGUCUUUUGAUUAAAGAAAUAGUUCACUCAAAAAUUAAUCUGAGUCCUUUUA